GAUAUCUCUCAUUAGUAUUUCGCACUUUGUUCAACAUGAACUGCAAAGCUGGACUUUUGUUUUUUAUUAUACUUCUGAUUGGAAGCUUUGCUCUUCCAGCACCCGAAGAUGACAUGUCCAUAUUCUUCGACCACACCGACGCCAACGCUCGUAUCAUCGGCGGUACCGAAGUGGCUGCCGGCACCCACCCCCACAUGGUGGCUCUGAUUGUAGGAGUAACCGUUAAGAACUUCAUCUGCGGAGGAUCAUUACUCACUCAACGCACUGUUCUGACUGCUGCCCACUGUGUAGACAACGUCUACGGCAUUAACUGGGUCAUUCGAUCUGCGCGAGUGGCUGUCGGCUCGACCCGCUGGGACAGCGGAACUGAUUACAGUAUUCUCCGUAACGUGACCCACCCUGACUACAACCGGUGCAUAGUCAAGAACGACAUCAGUGUCCUCAUCACCGCUAGCAACGUGGUACUCAACAGCAGGUGCAGCCUGUUGCCCUCACUUACGAACACAUUGAUGCGGGAAUGCCCUCCAUAGUUGCUGGUUGGGGUGUUACCAAGGCGGGUGACUACACAAUGUCAGAAGUUCUGAUUGAACUGCCGACCACCACCAUUGGCAAUAAAGACUGUGUGAGUCGCGUGUCUGAAGCUGCUAUUCAAGAGGGGUACCUGGUAUACGUGGACCCCAGCCUUGAGAUCUGCACCUUCCAUUCUCCAGGAUUUGGGGUUUGCAGCGGUGACUCUGGUAGUGCUCUGCGUCGCGCUGACAACGGCAAGCAGUUCGGUAUCGCGUCCUGGGGCUUCCUCUGUGCCCUUGGCCACCCUGACGUCUUCGUCAGGAUCAGCGCUUACGAGAGCUGGUUGAAAACUGUAAUCGUUUAAAAAUACAUUAAUCAAGACUAAAUAAGUACCCGAUAAACCUUUGUGACAAAUAGUUCUUACAGAUAGCCGCCGCCGACGUAUCUUGCCGAGUCUGAAGUUAGCCGAUUAGCUGCGCAGUACACAAAAAGUUCCAUCAUCCACAAACGGCUAACUUCAGACUCGCGAAGAUACGGCGGCCGUACUGUACUAGCUAUCCUGGAAUUUUGAAAAAGUCUUAUCUUCUGUUAUUCUAAGCAUUAUAAGUGUGUUUUUAAUAAACUCAGUAAAAAAAACUAUUGCUUUUAAAAUUAUAUUUUCCUUGUCCUUUUUUUCUUAUAAAUUUACCAUGUAGAUUAUUAAUACCAGACAGUUUUAAGGGAACUUUUAGAAAAUUAAAAUUUGUAGUAGCAUUAGUAGACGUGUUUUUAUUU